CAUCGAGGUCACGAGGACGACCAGUCCAAGACAUCGAGCAGGCCGCGGGAACGAAACCCACCCAGCAAAGCGACCCGAGGCAGGCAGGCAGGCAAGCAAGCAACCAACCCCAAGGGAGCCAUGGCGAAGCCUCGCGGCGGCGGCGGCGGCGGCCUCCUGGACCUGGAGGGGCACUACGCCUUCUACGGCGCGUACCACAGCAACCCUGUCAACGUGGGCAUCCACGAGCUCUUCGUCUGGCCCAUCUUCCUCACCGCGCUGCUGCUGCUCCACCUCACCGCCCCGUCCGCGCACGCCGCCGGCAUCGGCGCCGCGGUCUACGGGGCAUACUACUUCCUCCUCGACCGCCGCGCGGGCGCGCUCGCGGCCUUCCUCUGCUUCCUCUGCUGGGCCGCCAGCGGGGCCCUCGCCGCCCGCCUCGGGUUCUCCGCUGGAUGGAAGGUUGUAUUGGUGGCUCAAUUGUUCUGUUGGACUAUGCAAUUCAUUGGUCAUGGAGUUUUCGAGAAGCGAGCGCCUGCUCUCCUUGACAAUCUUGUCCAGGCUUUCUUGAUGGCUCCAUUCUUUGUGCUGCUAGAGAUUCUUCACACAUUCGGUGGGUACGAACCAUAUCCUGGCUUCCACGACAAGGUGAGCAAGUUGAUCGAAGAGGCUCGGAAGGAAUGGGAGGACAACAAAUCAAAGAAAUCAUCAUGAGAUGAGUGUGAUCCGACAGCUCCUAACCACUGAGGUUUGCCUGCUCAAUAUGGACCUGCUGGAUUGGAUGAAUCUAUACCAGGGAUGAUUACUGAAUACUGAUUGUAUUUAUGUUGUAAGAUGAGGACACUCUUGUCUGUUGUGUAUAUUUUACUGGAGAUAAACUGAUGUAUAAAUAAUAAUAUAUAUGUAUACUCAAAUGUUAAUGGUGGGCUGGUGGCUCAUGUUGGGUCCCAACACUAAGUCUACCCCAA